AAAGCUGGAGAACCAUGCACUUCCCAACUUCCCCUUUAGUAAUCCAUUCUCCGUCACCAUUUUCUCCGAUUCGUUUUCGUCUUCUCCUCCUCCUCCUUGGCUAAUCCCUUCCUUCUGUUUUCAAUGAAUUCUAGAGACAGGGGAUCAUCUUCGUCUUCUUCUUCAAGAGAAAUGGAUCAGUAUUAUGAAACGAAUGUGAAGAAUCGGAUACAAGACCUUGUUCGUCUUAUCAAAGUCGCGCGUGUCUAUAGAGAAGACAAUGUCCCUUCCCUUAUCCAAGAGGGUCUUUAUCUUGGAUCCUUUGCGGCUGCUUGCAACAAGACCUUCUUGAAAUCCUCCAACGUUACUCACAUCUUAACCGUUGCUAGCUCCUUGACACCUGCCCACCCUGAUGAUUUCGUCUACAAGCUUGUCAGAGUUGUGGAUAAGGAAGACACGAAUUUGGAGAUAUUCUUCGAUGAGUGUGUUGAUUUCAUUGAUGAAGCUAAGAAGCUAGGUGGUAGCGUUCUUGUCCAUUGCUUCGUUGGAAAAUCACGCAGUGUUACUAUAGUUGUUGCUUACCUCAUGAAGAAACACGGAAUGAGUUUAAACCAAGCAUUGGAACAUGUUAAGAGCAUUAGACCCGUGGCUUGUCCUAACGCAGGUUUCAUCAAGCAAUUACAAGAUCUCGAAAAGUCUUUGCAAGGGGAUCAAGAACCGAUUGCACAUUGUCAAGCGUGAAGACCCCCACCAAGAUCGUACCUUUUGGAGGAAAUUUGUAAAUCUCACUAGAAGCCAUCAUAUGAUUGUUUUGUUGUUUCUCCUUCACCUCCCAAUCAAAAAUCAUGGAAACGCCUCUGUAAAGCUCCACUUUUUCAUGAAUGUCAUAGUCAAUACGGUAAAACUAAAAAGCAAAAAUAAAAUAAAAAGUCUAAAUGUAGUGAAUUAUUUUAUUUAUAACACAACCAUACAUUUUCAUAUACUGGAUAUGUAUGCGUUGCUGUGUUGUAUACUUUGUCAAAGAUAAGAUAGAGAUGAGUAUAUAGAAAACCAAGAACGAGUUAAUAUUCAUCUCUUGUUAUUACAAAAUUUCCUUGUACAUUGUAACGUUGUG